AUGGUGCGCAAGAAGGCAGAGCAUCACGACGGACUUUUAGCCCCUUUAGAAGAGAUUGCAUUACACCAAGAAAACAUUGAGAGGAUAGAGUUUCUUCAAGAUUGGUGUCCUAAAUUGAAAAUACUUCUAUUACAAAGCAAUUUAAUUGCAAAAAUAGAAAACUUAAACAAACUUAAACAUCUUCAGUAUCUAAAUUUGGCACUCAAUAACAUAGAAAUUAUAGAGAAUUUAGACAGAUGUGAGUCUUUACAGAAAUUGGAUUUAACUCUCAAUUUCAUUGGAAACAUAGUAAGCGUCGAAUCUCUUGCUGGUAAUUAUAAUCUUCAAACUUUAUAUCUGACUGGAAAUCCCUGUACCGAUUACGAGAACUAUCGCGACUUCGUUGUAGGAACUUUACCACAACUUACCUCACUUGAUGGCCAAGAAAUCGACAGAUCUUCUCGCAUAACAUCUCUACAAAAUCUUCCUUUGAUAAGGUCAGAUAUUUUAUUCGAACAAGAGAAUUAUAUGUGUCAGCGACAGAAACAAAAAUUACGGCUUCAGAAUGACAUUGAAAAUAAAUGGGAAAAUGAAUUUAAAGACAUGGACCCGGAAGAGAGAAACAAAAAAUUUUGGUCAGAAAAAUCCGAGCAUGCACCUGAAGUUAGGUAUGAAAUAGAACGUAUGCGACAGUUAAAGUUAAAAGGCUACAAAACCGAGAAGGAGGAAGUGAAAUCGUCUUAUAAAUUAUUCGCUGCAGAUGGCCGACCUUUUAAUAUAAAUCAACCAAAAAUAGAAUUCUCAUUCAGCGACUUUGAACCUGACAAAUUUAUUUUAGAUUUGGCUGUAUAUAAACAUUUGGACAGUUCCAUACUGGAUGUCGACGUGCAACCCAAUUAUGUGCGAGUAACAAUAAAGGGCAAAAUUUUUCAGCUCCAUCUACCGGAAGAAGUUAAUACUACAAACUCAUCUGCUAAGCGUUCACAGACAACCGGCAACGUAGUAAUAACCAUGCCAAAAGCAAAUUAUGUUUUGAAAACACAGAUGGCGCCAAAGAAAAAUUUAGAAUUAGAAUCACAUCUUCACACGGAACACGAGGUUAAAUAUUGUCAUACAAAUACAGGACAAAGCAAAAGAGAAUUUUUGGAGAUUGGACCUGCUGAAAAUGUACUUGACUUUACUAAAAUGACUGAGCGAAAUAUAAAAUCGGCAUAUAUACAUUCCAAAAUAACGUUCCAGGAAAAGAAACCGUCAAAAGGCUUUAUCGACAAUCCAGAAGUCCCCAUGCUUGAGUAA